AUGUCUAUCCUCUACAUACCUCAGGCAUUCUCGCUCUCUUUCGACUUCGAUUUCUCCAAACAGAGAUGGGAAGCGGCCGCAAAAUUAAGCUUGCAGGGGGAAACGAAAUUUGAGAAUGCGAUCGAGCUGACGAAAAAAGGCUCGGAGAACAGCGUAGGCCGGGCGUCCUAUCUGGAACCGGUAGCCAUUUGGGACGAGGUCAGCGGUGAGCUCACCAGUUUCACCACUACAUUCUCCUUCCAGAUCUUGCCAGACCCGGACCGCACCGGUGGCGACGGCAUGGCUUUCUUCCUCGGGCACUACCCGUCGGAGAUCCCCGCCUCAAGCGCCGGUGGCAGCCUCGGCCUGUUCAGCUCGGAUACCCCGAACGCGUUUGGGAACAGCCGGGCCGUGGCGGUCGAGCUGGACACGUUCAUGGACGCAGAUUACGACAGCAGCAGCAACCACAUCGGCAUCGACGUCAACUCCCUCAUCUCCACAGCGUAUACCGACACUAAUCUGCCUGGCAGGAACCUGACGUCCGGCCGGGUGAUGACCUGCCAGAUCAGCUACGUGAACAGCACGCAGCGUCUCGCCGCCGAGCUCCAGAUUGGCAACGCCAGCUACCGCGUGGAUUCAGUUGUCGACCUGCGGCAACAAUUGCCUAGCAUAGUGGCCGUAGGCUUCUCAGCGGCUACUAGUGUGCGGUCGGAGUUACACCGGGUACUGGCCUGGUCGUUCGAGUCCACCUUGGAGGGGCCCCGUGGACCUGCUGCAGUACCUUCUCCUUCAUCACCCUUCACCAAGGGUGUUACAUGGAAGAUAGUAGUUGCUAUAACAGGAGCAGAAGUAACUGUGAUUGUACUUAUCGUCAUCGCCGGCUACGUGUGUCUGCGGCGGCGAUCCGGAAGAAAGGCUAAUACAAGUUACGAGACUACUCCAGCCAAUGUUGCCAGAAGUUUCAGUUACCGAGAGCUGGCCGAGGCGACACACAACUUUGCCGAGGAGCAGAAGCUCGGCGAGGGAGGCUACGCUUGUGUUUACAGAGGCGAGCUGGCAACUCCAAGGCGAUCGGUGGCAAUAAAAAAGUUCAAACCAGGAACAUCGUCUGCUAUCUGCACGAGAGCGUUCGAUGACGAGAUCAAGGUCAUCAGUCAGGUCAGACACCGCAACCUGGUUGAGCUGGUUGGCUGGUGCAGUGAUGGGAAGAAGCAUCGCCUGUUGCUCGUUUACGAGCUUGUCGCCCAAGGUAAUCUUGACGAGCAUUUGCACGGGUCGCGGAGUUGGCUGUCAUGGACCAUGAGGUACGGUACAAUCGAAGAUCUGCUCUACUGA